AUGACUAGAUCCAAGUUCGACUCGCCUUCGCGCACACCUCGCGGCCAAUUUGCCUCGCCGCGACACUCACUGUCGAUACCGCCAACACGAUCUUGCUCAGCACGUCAAGGUUGUCGCGACGACUACGAGGAGGAUCAAGAUGGUCAGAAGUGGGAGCCAGCUCGUGGCAACACGCUCAGCAGCUUCAUCGCCGACUCGCCCUCAUCGCUGCGAGAACAGCUUUCUCAGGUUCGGCUCACCGCUGAUAACGAGUACCUCGACCGACUCCAGACUGAGGAGCAGCUGCGUAGCGAAAGCGCGCGCCCUGACAGCUACGUUGAGCAGUUCGAAAGGCACGAGCAGCGCGUACGCGAACUCGAGGCGGACGUCGUUAGGCUUGAGGCUGCUCUUGCCGGUGCCCGGGCGGAAGCACGUCAACAAGAUGUCAUCAUGUCCGCAUUGGAGGCAAGACUGGCCACUGUCAAUUCGAGCAGUGCCAUCACUACCACUUCGUACGUUGCUUUGCUCGUAUGA